ACGACAACAACUAGAUUUAAUCUUGAAAGGUGAAAUGGCCAAAUCAUCGGUUGUAUCUGGACCUAUAGAUCAGAAGAUCUACAACUUAAUCCAUGACUUACUUGACGAAAAGACUGCAGAAAAUAAAGAAAAGUUGAGCGGAGAUGCCGUUCAAGAUCCAUUUACUUAUAUGGAAUCAGCCAAUAAUUUAACAAUAACACAGGUCUUAUCAUACGUCCAGUCAAAGGAUUUUCAACUUAAAAGAAUGAAAAAGAACCAAUUGGAGAAGACCAUAAGCACAAUUUUGAAAAUAGUGAGGGAUGAUGAACAGGAAGAAUUAGGACUUGGGCCACCAGGAGAAGAAGUUAGCGGCCAAGAAAGCGAAGCAGAUGCAGAGACAGCGCACGAAUUAAUGGAAGUUAAGGAUUCAAACUCUUUGAACAAGUCAGUAGUAGCAAUGUGGAAUGCAGAGAGCAAAGAUGGCGAAACCGACAAGGAAAUAUCAUCAGAUUCCAAAGAUAACAAGAAGAGACAAAAGGAAUCAUCUAAGUCAUCAACAAAAAGACAAAAGAAAAAGGCAGACUAUUCUCCACCAAACACAAACUUGGCUUCACUUGGAGGUCUAGAAAAUAUCACUACUCAAUUGCUUGAAUUGAUCGGUCUUCCUAUUUUGCAUCCUGAGAUAUACACAGCCACUGGAGUUGAACCACCACGAGGAGUUUUAUUAUACGGACCACCAGGGUGUGGUAAGACUACUAUUGCCAAUGCCUUGGCUGGAGAGUUGCAAGUUCCUUUUAUCAAUAUUUCUGCACCAUCAAUUGUUUCAGGUAUGUCAGGGGAAUCCGAGAAGAAGUUACGAGAAUUGUUUGAAGAAGCAAAGACCGUAGCACCAUGUCUUAUAUUUAUGGAUGAGAUUGAUGCGAUCACCCCAAAAAGGGACGGUGGUGCCCAAAGAGAAAUGGAAAGACGUAUAGUUGCACAACUUUUGACUCUAAUGGAUGAGCUUACCUUGGAUAAGACAGAUGGUAAACCUGUUAUUGUAAUUGGUGCUACUAAUAGACCUGACUCAUUGGAUUCUGCUCUUCGUAGGGCUGGGAGAUUUGAUAGAGAGAUUUGCUUGAAUGUUCCGAACGAAGAGCAAAGGGCUUCGAUACUUAGAGCUAUGACCAAAAAUAUCAAGCUCCAUGAUGAGACUCAAUUCAAAUAUAAAGAAUUGUCCAAACUAACCCCCGGAUAUGUUGGGGCUGAUCUUAAAAGUUUAGUGACUGCAGCUGGGAUUGCUGCCAUUAAGAGAAUUUUUGAGAGUUUGAGCGAGAAGCAUGAGGAAACAAACUUGCAAGAAAAUAAUGUUGAUUCGAUGGAGGUUGAUGGCACAGGAGCUGAUGAUUUAAUCGAUAAUCAACUACUUGAUAAUUUCAGCAGCAAAUCUGAUUAUGAAAAGCUCUCAACAAUCAAGAAAUUCUUAGACAAACACCCAAACCCUUUGAGCAAGGAGCAAUUAGAACCUCUUUCAAUCACCUAUGAAGAUUUCUUACAAGCAUUACCUACAAUUCAACCUACAGCAAAGAGAGAGGGAUUUGCUACAGUUCCAGACGUCACAUGGCAAAGUGUUGGUGCUCUUUCUAACAUAAGAAUGGAGUUGCACAUGUGUAUUGUUCAACCUAUUAAGAAGCCCGAAUUGUACUUGAAAGUAGGUAUUACCGCUCCAUCAGGAGUACUUAUGUGGGGUCCUCCGGGGUGCGGGAAAACAUUGUUGGCAAAAGCUGUUGCAAAUGAAUCUCGUGCAAAUUUUAUAUCCGUUAAAGGACCCGAACUUCUAAAUAAGUAUGUCGGGGAAUCUGAAAGAGCAGUGAGACAAGUAUUUCAAAGAGCUAGAGCUUCUAUCCCUUGUAUUAUAUUCUUUGAUGAAUUAGAUGCAUUGGUACCAAGAAGAGAUUCUUCGUUAUCCGAGUCAAGCUCCCGAGUUGUCAAUACAUUAUUGACUGAAUUAGAUGGGUUGAAUGAUAGAAAGGGAGUUUUUGUAAUUGGUGCAACAAAUAGACCUGACAUGAUUGAUCCAGCAAUGUUAAGACCUGGACGUCUUGAUAAGACUUUGUACAUUGAAUUACCAAGCGCCGAGGAAAGAUUAGAAAUCUUAAAAACUUUGGUGCGAGCAAACCGUACACCACUUUCAAAAGAUGUUAACCUUCAAGAAGUUGCUAAUGAUAUGAGAUGCAGAAAUUUCUCUGGUGCGGACUUAUCAUCCUUAGUUAAAGAAGCAGGUAUCAUCGCGUUGAAAAAGAAAUUCUUCAAGAAUCAGCAAAUUCAGGAAUUAGAUGCUUCAGGGUUCUUAGAGGAGGAUUCACCCGAUAGUAAAGUUGAAAUUAUAAUGGAUGAUUUCAACAGAGCUUUGUCUUCUAUUAAACCAAGUGUGAGUGAUAGAGACAGAACUAAAUAUGAGAAAUUAAACCAGCGAAUGGGAUGGAACAUAAUUAAAGAAGAAACCAAAGAACCUUCCGAUCCGGUCAAUGAUAAAUGAUUUACAUAGCCAUAUAUAGAAUGGUAAUACCAGUGCUUCAUAUGAGUAUGAUUAUUACCACUUACAGAAUAUAUACAUUUCCAACAUGUAA